CAUAAAGGCAACAAAGCAUUAAAGCCGCAAUACACAAAAAUAAGGUAAUAGUGCACCUUGAAACAGUAGAAAAGAAUAACUAAUAUUUUGCACAUUAUAAUGUAUAAUAGCAACAGUUGCAUGGAUUAUUGUAUGUUUUGUUGUUUUUAUGUAGUCAGCCUAUAAACCAAAUAAGUCACCACCAGCCAAAUGAGCGGGGGUGCCAUAUGUGGGUUAAGGAAAAUCUGGUUAUUAGUUAGCCAAUUCCAAAUGUCAAUUUGAGGUAGUAAUGUUUUCUUCAGUGUGGUAGAAUGUAUACUGAAAUUAUAUUUCAGUGAAUGUAAAAACACAUCUAUGAUCUAGGCAGUCAUUGUACCUUUGCACUCAUGUGGACAUACAGAUGAAUUUUAGACGCGAGUAUUUUAGCUCGAACAUGAUAUUUUCAAAGUGGCUCAAUAAUCUUGCGGUCUACACGCUGUGCGUUCAUUUCUCAAAUGUUGUGUAUGAUGACUGCCAGAGAAGCAGUGAUUCAGACGUGUUGGAGAAGUGAGAAGCUUGAGAGCCAUGGCAGGAUAUGGCCCCUCUUAGCAGCAGUUUACGGUGCCGCCGAAAGGUGGCGUGGGUGCUGCGUUCAUAACAACGAAAUACAAACUGUACCUUGCUAUGUUAGCCACCAACGAGCUUCUUAACGUUAGCUAGCAAAUAAACGUAUUAUUAUUUAUAUUUGGAAAAUGGCAGUUUAUGCAGGGAAUUAAUGAUAGCAUCCUCCUUGUCAGGUCUGCAACGUUUGGAUUAUUUGGUUUCUGUCCGUCUUUGAUUUAAAACGAGGUGGAGCUGAAGACAUACCUUCUUGCUUGGGGUCCAGGGCCGCAGAAGCACACACUUCAGCAGAUCCAGAAAAUGUUAAAGAAAUGAUAGCAGCGCAGGAUUUGCAAACAGAGUUUCAGUUUCCUCAAGAGGCAGAAUCUCAGUUGUCUUCAGAUACUGACUUUGAGGAUCCUGAUGGAAAAAAUGCGAGGACCGGAAGGAGCACAGCAGCCAAGAAAGGGAAGAAGGCGCUUGCAGACAAGGCCAAAGGUGGGGGAGUAGGGAGGGUCCCAGGUGUUGGCUGGGUGAACGGCCAUCAUCAGGAGAAUGGGAUGGAGAAUAUGACCCUGUUCGAGGUGGUUAAAAUGGGGAAGAGCGCCACACAGUCUGUUGUUGAUGACUGGAUUGAGGCAUACAAACAUGACCGGGAUGUUGCUCUCUUGGACUUAAUCAACUUCUUCAUUCAGUGCUCUGGCUGUAAAGGUGCUGUGAGUGGAGAGAUGUUCAAGCACAUGCAGAACUCUGAGAUCAUCCGAAAAAUGACAGAGGAGUUUGAUGAGGACAGUGGUGACUACCCAUUAACUCUCUCAGGACCACAGUGGAAGAAAUUCAGGAUAAGCUUCUGUGACUUCAUUGCGGUUCUGGUGCGACAGUGUCAGUAUAGCAUAAUCUAUGAUGAGUAUAUGAUGGACACAGUCAUCUCACUGCUCACCGGCCUGUCUGACUCACAGGUCAGGGCAUUUAGACAUACAAGCACACUAGCAGCCAUGAAGUUGAUGACAGCCUUGGUGAAUGUUGCUUUGAACCUGAGCAUCAAUAUGGACAACACACAGAGACAGUAUGAGGCAGAGAGGAACAAGGUUAUUGCAAAAAGGGCCAAUGACCGAUUAGAACUUCUGUUACAGAAGCGUAAAGAGCUUCAAGAAAAUCAAGAUGAGAUUGAAAACAUGAUGAACGCAAUAUUCAAAGGAGUGUUUGUCCACAGAUAUCGUGAUGCCAUUGCUGAAAUCCGGGCAAUUUGUAUUGAGGAGAUUGGAGUGUGGAUGAAGCUGUACAGUGACGCUUUCCUCAAUGACAGUUACCUGAAGUAUGUCGGCUGGACAAUGCACGACAAGCAAGGUGAGGUGCGGCUGAAGUGCCUAACUGCUCUGCAGGGUCUCUACUUCAACAGAGAGCUCAGUGCUCGACUGGAGCUCUUCACAAGUCGUUUCAAGGACCGCAUUGUGUCUAUGACUCUGGAUAAGGAAUAUGAUGUUGCAGUGCAGGCCAUUAAACUUCUGACACUUGUCUUACAGAGUAGUGAUGAGGUUCUGACCGCAGAGGACUGUGAGAGUGUAUAUCAUCUGGUUUACUCAGCACAUCGACCCAUUGCAGUUUCAGCGGGAGAAUUUCUUUUUAAAAAACUGUUCAGCCAUCGAGGUCCUGAGGAGGAGGGAUUGCCCAGGAGGGGCAGGCAGAGCCUCAAUGGCAGCCUUAUCAAGACUACAGUCUUCUUCUUCUUGGAGAGUGAGCUCCAUGAACACGGAGCCUACUUGGUGGACAGCUUGUGGGAGUGUGCGUCAGAGCUGCUGAAGGACUGGGAGACUAUGAUCAGCCUGCUGCUGGAUGAGCCCAUGCCAGGAGAGGAGGCCCUGACUGAUCGCCAGGAGACGGCUCUGGUUGAGAUUAUGCUCUGUGCCAUUCGGCAGGCUUGUGAAUGCCACCCUCCAGUAGGCAGGGGCACAGGGAAGAGGGUCCUGACUGCAAAGGAGAAGAAAACCCAGCUGGAUGAUCGGACACGGAUCACAGAGAUGUUUGCAGUCGCAUUGCCUCUGUUACUGGCCAAGUACUGUGUUGAUAUUGACAAGGUGACAAAUUUGCUGCAAAUACCAAAGUACUUUGAUCUUGACAUCUACACAACUGGCCGAUUAGAAAAGCAUUUGGAUGCCUUGUUGAGACAAAUUUGGGAGGUUGUGGACAAGCACACAGACACUGAGGUCCUAGAGGCCUGCUCUACCACCUACCACUAUCUCUGCAAUGAGGAGUUCACCAUCUUCAACCGCGUGGACAUCACUCGCUCCCAGCUUCUCGAUGAGCUUGUAGACAAGUUCAAUCGACUCCUGGAGGACUUCCUGCAAGAGGGUGAAGAACCAGAUGAGGAUGAUGCUUACCAGGUUCUGUCUACACUCAAGAAGAUCAGCGCUUUCCACAAUGCACAUGACCUCUCCAAGUGGGAUGUCUUCACCAGCAACUAUAGGCUACUCAGCACAGGUUUACAGAACGGGGAUAUGCCUGAACAGAUUGUGAUUCACGCAAUGCAGUGCACACAUUAUAUCAUCCUGUGGCAUCUGGCAAAGGUUUCAGAAGGCACUUCAUUAAAGGGUGAUAUGGUGACACUGGGAAAGCAAAUGAGAGCUUUCUGUUUGAUGUGUCAGCGUUACCUGAACACCAUCAACACUGCAGUCAAAGAGCAGGCCUUCACCAUACUGUGUGAUCUUCUAUUGAUCUUCAGUCACCAAAUCAUGUCUUCAGGCCGGGAACAACUGGAGCCUCUGGUCUAUACUCCAGACUCUUCUUUGCAGGCCGAGCUGCUCAACUUCAUCCUGGAUCAAGUGUUCAUUGAUCAAGAUGAUGACAGCAACAGCACAGAUGGACAACAAGAUGAUGAAGCCAGUAAAAUCGAGGCUCUGCACAAGCGAAGAAACCUUCUUGCUGCCUAUUGCAAAUUAAUCAUUUACAAUGUUGUGGAAAUGAACACUGGAGCAGAUAUAUUUAAACAGUAUAUGAGGUAUUACAAUGAUUAUGGAGAUAUCAUCAAGGAAACGAUGAGCAAGACGAGACAAAUCGACAAAAUACAGUGUGCAAAGACACUCAUACUGAGCCUACAAAAGUUAUUCAAUGAGAUGUUGUCUGAACUUGGCUUCAAUUUCGACCGUUCUUCAUCAGCCUUCUGUGGCAUAAAGGAGCUCGCCCGACGCUUCUCAUUAACUUUUGGCUUGGAUCAGUUAAAGACCAGGGAGGCUAUUGCCAUGUUACAUAAGGAUGGAAUUGAGUUUGCUUUUAAGGAACCUAGUCCUCAAGGAGAGGGGAGUCCACCACUUAAUCUAGCAUUUUUGGAUAUCCUGAGCGAGUUUUCCAGCAAACUAAUUCGACAGGAUAAGAGAACAGUUCACAUGUACCUGGAGCGAUUCAUGACGUUUCAGAUGGCCCUGCAGAGAGAGGACUGCUGGCUUCCUCUCAUCUCGUACAGGAACUCCCUGCAGGCUGGAGGGGAUGAUGACACCAUGUCUGUCAUCAGUGGGAUCAGCAGUCGAGGGUCCACCAUCAGGAGUAAGAAGUCCAAGCCAGCAACUGCUAGCAAACGGAAAUUGCCUGAAGAAGAGAACAGUUGCAGCAGUAGUGAUGCAGUCUGGAUGAACCGUGAGCAGAACGUGCAGACGCCAGUGAUGAUGCAUUCGCCACACUUAACCUCCACUGUACUGAGAGAUCCAAAGAAGAUGAGGCCAGAGGACAGCUACACUGCUGCAUACUCUAUGCCAACAGAGCAGCAUCCCCAUCAGCCUGUGCCUCCCCAGCAGCAGUCACUUAAUCACCACCAAGCUGCCAUUGAUUACAAUACCCAGGUUACUUGGAUGUUGACACAGAGGCAACAAGCUGAGGCUCAUCAGCAGCAAGAACGAGUUAGCAUGCACUAUGCGAAGAUGAGGAACCACAUGCAGCAUGCAAUUCGUCGAGGCUCUGGGCUGAUGGAGGAUGAUGAGGAGCCAAUAGUGGAGGAUGUGAUGAUGUCAUCAGAGGACAUCAAUGAGGGCAUGGAUUUUGAUACAAUGGACAUAGAUUUGCCGGCAUCGAAGAAUCGCAGAGAAAGAACUGAACUAAAGCCGGACUACUUUGAUCCAUCUUCCAUCAUGGAUGAUUCGGUUCUCAAUGUUUCAAUGUUCUAGUAUGAAAUGGAUGCAUCAAGGACAAUGUGUCAUCAGAAUCCUUGGAAGAUAAGAUGACUGCCUAUUUGUCUGUGAAAAUCAAAAUGGACUACUAUGAAUGUCUGUGAGACACCAGUUUGCCUCUUCAACACUUUGUUAAAAUUCAGAGGGAGAGCUUGAAUUUGAAUUUUAUUCUGCUCUUUUCACACACCAGACUUUUGCCACAGACAGAAGAAACAUUUCUUUCUUUGUUCAUUUGCCCUAAAAAUGAACUAGUAAUGUUAGUGUUCACUAAGCUGGACCUGAUGUUGUCAGUGUGUAAAGCUGUUUGAGCUAAUAUACUGUAAGUGCCAGUACAGAUGUGGCAGUUUCAUGGUGACGGGACAAAAACAGACUGAGUUUAAAAUGAAUAAUAUAUACCUUUAAUCUUUUUUUAUUCAGUAGACAAACAUUGUCUGAUGUAAAUACAUAGUGGCCAAGAUACAGAAGGGGUGAACACAAUUUAAACCGACAGAUAGUAUAGUAAUAUAAUGGCCCUGCAAAAUAAUACUGCCAAAAUGAUGUUUGUAGCAUUCAGUUGUUGUUGAACACUCUAAUUACACUACGCUUUGUUACACAGAUGUUAAUUUUACAGUCAUAUGUGAAAACUUUCCUGCACAUAGGCUUAAACCAUCCUCUCUGACACAAUCCAAAUAGAAACUGAGCAUAAGCUUCAUAAAGGCAGCAUUUAUUGCAGGGCUAUUGGACGGGACUGCAUUACCUUGUAAAGGUGUUACUUCUGUUGUGUUCACGGACUGUACUUUUAAACUGUAGAUUUUGGCAUGGCAUGUAGCCAUAUAUUGAAACAUGUACACAGUAAAGUAUAAUGUGAACUAGCGUCUCAUACUGUUCAAAAGCCUUGCCACAAAUGAUAAAUGGUAUUCUCAGAUUUCUUUGUGGUGGUAUUUUUUAGAAAUGUUUGUGUUCCGCUUUUAUACCUUCUAGAUGACUUUGAUUUUUAGAUAUUUUGUAAUGACAAUCAAAUGUAAAUUAAUGGUUUCUAAUCAUGUUACUUCAAAUAGAUGAUGAAAUAAUCCUUUUUAAUGAAAAUGAUUAUGUUACUAUAGAUAUGGCCAGCUGUUUGUAUUUUCUUUUCAUCUCUAUAACAAAUGGGUGAAAAAGUAAUGCAUUUCUCAAAUGUAUUAAUUUGUCAAAUUGAUGACUACAUCUAAAAUUUUAAUUUUAAUAGUUUUAAUAUUGGGAGCAUUCACUGUCGUAUAUAAAAUUUUGACUCAACCUUAAACAUGUAAUCACUCCUAUAUCGACUAUUUUUCUUCACAGUAUAAUAUCUAUUAAUAUCUAAUAACACAUACAUGCCAUAAAUGUGAGUUUUAAAAGAAAGGAUUUGAUAUAUGGUUGAAAAAGGUGUAUUGUUUGUUUUUGCUUUUUUUUUUCUUUCUUUUUUUUACAGUUUGCAAGUGUGCUGAGGACUUUUUUUUCAAAAAGCCAAUUUAUUUGUGUGUAUAAGAGUUACAGAAUUAUUCUAAAUGACAAAGUUUUAGAAUUCUUUAGUCAGCUAUUAUAGUAUCAGAAUUGUAUAUUAUACAGUUACAAAUGUGUAAUAUAUUGUGAAUUGGUGCUUAUUUUAUAUUUGCAGUUUCUUGAAAUUUUAGGGAAAGGUUAAAGAAAUAGAACAUAACUAUUUGAAGUUAACCGACUAAUUUGCAAGUACAAUACAGUAUAUUGUUUUGUUAGUCUUUCAAUGGAUUGUUGCGAUAUUUCCUCACCUCUGUGUAUUGGCCAGAUUGGCAGAUUGAGAUUUUAUGGAAAAAUGUGCUUUCAUAUUGUAGUGAGAAAAAAACUCCCUAAGUUCCUCGGAAUCUCACUGGAGAGACAGGACACAUGAUCUUUUAACGGUUAUAUUUAUACUAACUAUACAUGUUAGGCAAAUGAGAAAAAUACAUCUUAGAAUUGCCUGUAAAUUUACAUUAAUCAUUCAUUUUGGAUCUUUUCUGUCUUGCAUUGAACUGCUGAAAAUGUGCAUACAUCUGUAUGUUUACGCAUAUUUAAAUAUUUGUGUAUAUUAAAUUUGUGUUUUUAUUCUAUUUACAAAGUGCCCCACUGCAUCCUUUAAGAUCCCUAUUUGUCUCUGGAGAUUCAACAUG